AUUGCUGCCUCCACAAUUCAUCCUGUUUUUGAGUGUCUGGGGAAUUAGCACUUUGAAUGCGCUGAGGCCCAGAAGGAGCCCCAUAUUGAGCCCACCAUGCGUCUUUCUCCGUCAUGGUAUCAGUUCCUGGUCGGCGUUUUCGCCUCCCUAGGAUCGUUUCUUUAUGGAUAUGAUCUGGGUGUUAUCGCCGAGGUCAUUGCCAGUCACUCCUUCACCUCGAAAUUCGAGGCAAAUUCGACCGAGACUGGAUUGGUAGUGUCCUUGUUCACUGCCGGCGCAUUCUUUGGCGCCGCUUUCGCUGGUCCUUCCGGUGACAUGCUGGGGCGACGAUGGACCAUCUCGCUCGGCUGUGUCAUUUUUGUCCUUGGUGGAGGCCUCCAGACUGGAGCCCAAACAGUGGACUAUUUAUACAGUGGGAGAUUCUUGGCCGGUCUAGGUGUCGGUUUCCUUACCAUGAUUAUCCCCCUAUACCAGGCCGAAAUUUGCCAUCCCGACAUUCGAGGCCGAGUCACAGCGCUGCAGCAGUUCAUGCUGGGAGUGGGCUCACUAUGCGCUGCCUGGAUUUCGUACGGUACCUAUAUCGGGUUCGCCCCUACCAACAACGCUCAGUGGCAGGUACCUCUUGGUUUGCAAAUCGUGCCGGCCGUGUUUCUAGGUAUUUUGAUCAUGUUCUUCCCCGAGUCGCCUCGUUGGCUCAUUGACCACGGACACCACGAGAAAGGACUUAAAACCCUGGCGAAGCUUCACGCCCACGGAGAUGAAAACGACCCUUGGGUCCGUGCGGAAUAUAACCAGAUCCAGGAGGCCGUCACGUUCGAGCACGAACAUGAAGCGAAAUCAUACCUCGAGCUUUUCACAUCACGGUCGUCCUUCCGUCGGCUUUUCCUCUGCUGCGCGCUGCAGGCCUCGGUGCAGAUGACUGGUGUGUCGGCUAUCCAAUACUAUUCGGUGGAUAUUUACGGGCAAAUCGGCAUCAAGGGCGACGAAACUCUGCGCUACCAGGCCAUCAACUCGAUCAUUGCCUUGGUUGCUCAGUUUCUAUGUAUGAUGUUCAUCGAUCGUUUCGGUCGUCGCUGGACUCUGAUCUCAGGAAACCUGGGUAACAUGGUCACUUUCAUCAUUGCCUGCAUUCUGCUCGCCAAAUUCCCUCCCGAGGUCAACAACACCGGAGCUCACUGGGGCUUUAUUAUCAUGACCUGGCUGUACAACUUCUCGUUCUCGUGCACUUGCGGUCCUCUGUCAUGGAUUAUCCCGGCCGAAGUGUUUGACACACGAACCCGAUCCAAGGGUGUUUCCCUGGCCACCAUGACCUCUUAUGCUUUCAACACCAUGAUCGGCCAGGUGACGCCCCUGGCCAUGGACACCAUUAAAUACCAAUACUACUUCGUUUUCAUCAUCUGCAAUUUCACCAAUGCGGUUUUCUUCUGGCUUCUGCUGCCGGAAACCAAGAAGUUGCCUUUGGAAGAGAUGAACUAUCUGUUCACCAACUCGCCCUGGAUUGUGCCGGGAACCAAGAAGGAGGAUUACCUGCCACACGACUUGGAGCGCAAGGUGGUAGAGCAAGAGGAAAAGCAAGAAGCCUAUGUGACCCACAAAGAAUGAAGGAGAUGGCGAAUGGCAUGACAGAAAGAGCAAGUUGGCGGAUGAGCGUGUGGUGUUUGCGGCGAGUAAUUGGCAGUCCCUCUCAACUGAGCCGCCGGACGCAUGGAAGACCUGAGAGAUCAGGCUCUCAAACAGUCACAACGACCGUUCUGAGAUUUUGAAUUGGUGCAAUAUUGUCCACUCUAAUACCUGUGUAUGAAGUCCAAGCAUAUUUAUGACUUGAGGAAAAGAUCAAUUCUAGACGG